UUGGUUGCUAUAACGCAGUUGGUUACAAGCUCAAAAUGGAAACAGCUACUGCUCUUUUGUUUGACUUCAAUUCUGAAUCUGAUUCGGAAGAUGAGUUUGUCUCCGAAAUGUUAUUUUUUACCUCCCAACUGACCAAAAGAAAGGCAGCGAGAAGUUUAUACCUAAAAAGAAGAAAAAGUCACGGAGAAUUUGCUUUAACCAAAGAAUUUAACGACGGACAAUUUAAAAAUUAUUUUCGGCUAAACCGUGACCAGUUCAUCGAAGUGCAUGAGAUCAUCAAGAAAGAAAUUGACGCAGAAGGAUGUAACGCUACAAGGCCCAUCGGGACGGAAGAGAAACUAAGUGUAUUUCUAAGAUUCAUGGCAACAGGAAACAGUUACAAAAGUAUGGCGUACAGCUACAGAAUGGGUGAUCGAACAGUUUCCAACAUUGUACGAGAAGUAUCUGAAGCAAUUUGGAAGCUGAUGCAACCAAUAUAUUUGCCACAACCAACUGAAGAACAGUGGAAAUCAGUUGCAAACUCCUUUGAGAGAAAAUGGCAAUUCCCGCAUUGCAUUGGAGCCAUUGACGGUAAACAUGUGGUCAUUAAAAAGCCCGGUAAAAGUGGAUCGUCUUAUAUAAAUUAUAAACAUACUUUUUCUAUUGUGCUAAUGGCUGUAGUCGACCCAGAUUAUAAAUUCAUCACCAUUGAUGUAGGGUCACAAGGAAGAUUUAGUGAUGGAAAUGUUUUUAGUACAGGCGUUUUGGCAAAAAAAAUGCUGAAUCAUACCGAAGAUAUGCCGCAAGAUCAACUGCUCCCAUUAGAAUCGAACAAUUCUCGAAGUACACAGAAAGCUUUUGAGAUUCGGGAAAACUUCAAAAAUUAUUUUAACUCCGCAGGAGCGAUACCUUGGCAGAGGGAAAGUGUUGCAAGAGGGAAAUAUUGAGAUAUGUACAGUUGAUGGUAAUUUUUUGGACAUUUUUUUCAGAAAAUUCUCUGUAGCUUUGUUAAUAAUUAUUGCAAGAUUACCCUAUUUAUAAUAAAUGAAUAAACUUACCACUUUUCAUUC